CUCGUCAAAAGGCUAAAAAAGAAAUCAUGCUUACUGUGUUGGACUAUGCUGGUCAGAAUGUGUUCUAUGUCACACAUCAUUUGAUCAUGUCAAAAGCUGGUUUUAUGUACAUUGUGUUUAAUGCUUCUCUACCAAUGGACGGCAAGACUCCAUGUAUGUUUCGCUCUGAAGAUGGAACAAUUAUCCACAUUCCUUUGUUUGAUAACGAAACAAACUUUGAUCGAUUGGAAGAGUGGGUAUCAGGUGUUCAUAUCAUGGAAGGUGAUCAGUCACGUCGUAUCAUGAUAUUUGAGAAAGUAGGAAUCAGAUCACCUGCCAUGUUUCUAGUAGGAACACAUGCUGAUGAGCUAAAGGAGCAACCAGGAAUGAUGGAGAAACAGGAUGCAUUCAUAAGGAAGAAACUGGAGGGCACAGUGCUGGCAGAGCAUAUCAUAUGGGCAUCUAAAGAUGUAAUGUGUUUCUAUGUGGAUAACACAGUGACAGAUCCAGACAGUGGAUUCGUAGAUCCACAGGUGAAAUUACUUCGUCAGAAGACAGAGGAGGUGGCUCACAAGGUGGCUCAACAUCACAGAUUGCCGAUCAGAUGGCUCAAGUAUGAGCAGAAGGUACGAGAAGUGAAAGUCUCUUCUCCAACAAAGAAGACGACAACUGUUGAUGAAUUACUGCAGCUUGCCAUGAAUGCUGCUGGAAUCAAAAGUCGAGAGGAGCUGUUGGUGUUGCUGCAGUAUUUGAGUAGUCGUGCAGUGUUGAUGUAUCAUCCCAUGGCAUUGAAGAGUGGAGAUGAUGAAGAAGUCGUGUUAGAUGUGGAAUGGUUUGUAUCACAGCUGCAGAAAGUGAUCACGAUAUACAUGGAAGGUGAUGUUCCUCCCAUGUUAUGGAAUGAUGUAAAACGCAGCAAAGAGAAAGGCAUCAUGACAAUGUCUCUUGUGAGACAUCUUUUAUCAGAUGCCGGUUCUGCUCAACGUCUCAUUGUGUCACUGAUGAGGCACUAUGAUUUGCUGUGUGAGUAUUCUGUUUUGGAAGAGGAAAAUAUGGAGGAAGCAAAUUGCCAAGAUUUCCUUAGUUUUGAUGUAGAAAGCAAAGGUCCAUUGCAUAGUGAGGAAGAACAGAAUAUGUUUGAGAGAGACGCUUGCUUCAUUCCUUGCCUCCUGGAGCAUGCAGUUGGUCUUGAAUCAGAUAAGAUGAACGAUGAGCUGAAGUCAUUGCCUCUCAUCUUGUCAUCUGCUCCCAUCCGCAUUCCUCAGCCAUUAUUCUACAGAAUACUGACUCUUCUGUGUAAACGUUUUUGUCGCUUGGCAGUUAUUUAUCGCAAUGUGGGCUACUUCCACAUCUAUCCUGGUCAUCGACUGGAGUUUGCUCUUAACAGAUACAACUUUCAAAUGACUGUGUUGUCACAUACAGCACUCAAUGCCAAGGUGUGUGUUGCUAUUCGUGAGUGGAUUGUGAAUGCUGUCAACAAGGCAAAACAGCAAGGAAUGGCAGGUCUGAAGUUGCAUUUGGGAUUUAUGUAUGAAGCAUCGACUUCAGAAUCACAAAGUUGUACAGUUGAGUUUAUCUUUUUGGAUGGAUAUCAACAUACUCGUUUUGAGCUCUACAGCAGUGUGACAAAAGAUGAAAUUCAACCUCCUAACAGACUUUCUCUUUGGUAUCCACAUCUUAAGUUUUCAGACACUGAAAUGAUGUCAACAGUAUGUGGCACUUCUCAGCCAUUACAGCAUAAAUCUAUCAGCUAUAUGACACCAGUCAAGUUCCUCAUUGAUGAACCAAAUGCAGCUUGUUUGUUGGCAGUGUCUAAACUUCUAGAUGAAGAUGAUGAUCUAGGAGAUGACUGGAGGAGGUUAUGGCCUGAACUGUUAAACAGACCUCUUAAUGAAGACGUGGUGAGCAAGAAGUGUGUGAGCCCCACUCUUUAUGUGCUAAAGCGAUGGUGCAGGAUGGUAAUUGCUAACGAAGCUACAAUAGGACGACUGAUAAAGGCUCUUAGUGCAAUAUACAGAAAUGAUGUUGCUUGUGUGCUAGAAGAAUACUGCCAGAGCUCAGACACAUGUACUACAAUGCCGAGAUCACCUGCAGCCACAGAUGUGACACCCGAGGAGUUAAAUCACCUUUCUGAAGUCAUACAAGGAUGUUGGCAAGAGUUUGCUGCAACUUUAGCUCCAGACUUGUUUGAAGUUACAGGGAAACUUGCAGCUAUAAAGAGUGAGCACGCUUCUCCUCUCCUUCAAGCUCAAGCCAUGUUGGAGAGUUGGAGAAACAAGGUUGGUGCCAAAGCUCAUCGUUCUGUGCUGAUUAAGACAUUGAUCAAACGAGGACUAAGAACUAAGGCAAAUGAAGUAUUUGGACAAGAAACUGUUCUGCAGGUGUCACCACAGUAGUUCAGGUCGUCACCAAGUUGCAGAAACAGGGACAAAACUGUUGGAUUUCUCAGCUGAUGUUUGCCCCAAUCGUUUAACAUGUGAGGUCACGAUGUGAAUAGUUUAUAUGAUGGACUCUUACAUCUUUUCAGUUUGCUCUGUCAUAGAUGUAGUUGAAUGUAGGGGAUUUGGUUGCCGCUGUUUGUAAAGUAUAAAUUGAUUGUAAAGAUGUCUGACGUAUACAAUGAAAUGUAGUAGCGUCUUUGAGAAAGGAAGCUUUGAGACUCUGCUCUGACAAUAUAGUUCAGAGAGGUAGGUAGACACGCAGAUGUAUCAAUAUGUACAGUAUGUAUGUGUCAAUGACAUAUAUGAAGUAAGA